AUGGGAGCUCGGGAUCUCUAUGUCGGCGAGCUUGACACUGUACGGGCUCUUGAUCCCAAAGCACCUCGCAGCAAAGGAUCUCCCACGCCACCGGCCGACGUGCAAUCCCAUCUCAAUCUUGCCGUGUUUCUGGUGUUCUGCCACAGCUUCCUCAUGCUCCCCUUCUUCGACCAUGUCGGCCUCGUCACCCCCACCGAGUACCGAUCCCGCCCAGCAGUUUCGUCGACACGAGUAGCCAUACUCUCCAAGCAGGAGCCAAAGAAGGACCAAGCUCGGAGCUUGACCACGGGAUCGGGAAUGCUCGAGCACGCACGCGGAGCAUGCCCAGACAGGCACUAG